UUCGUUUUUCAAAAUGUCAGCCUCCCUGUCUUGCUGUCUGCUGAAUAUAGCCAAGUUUUCGGCUUCAAAUGCAAGGUACUUUAGUCAUGUACGACAAUUCCACCACAGCCGGGUGGCCAUCAGUGGCAAGACACUGCAAGAAAAAUUCAGUUCAGCUCAGGAUCUUGUGGGAAAGCUUCAAGAAGACCCAGGCAAUGAAGCGAAGUUGAAGAUUUAUGCCUUGUUUAAACAAGCCACUGGUGGACCGUGUGACAAACCAAAGCCAGGCAUCAUGGAUUUUGUUGGCAAAGCAAAAUGGGAGGCAUGGAAAGGUCUAGGUGAUAUAAGCAAGGAUCAAGCCAUGGGGCAGUAUGUUGAGUUAGUGAUGAGUCUGGCUGAAGCUGAAGGUCCACAACCCGAACAUGUCGAGAAUACUAAAUACACUCAGAUGAUUGUCACCAAGGAUGGCCCAGUUAUGAACAUCACACUCAAUAGACCAAAGAAAAAGAAUGCUAUAAAUUACAAGAUGUACGAUGAAUGGUCCGGUGCCUUGGAAGAAGCUUCACAAGACGAGUCUGUCCAUCUUGUAGUGAUAACAGGUGCUGGUGACUAUUUCUGUAGCGGAAACGAUUUGGCUAACUUUGCUAAUGUGGGACCAUCAGAGAUUGCUAGCAUGGCACAAAAAGGUGGUGAAAUUCUCAGACGAUUUGUGACCGCAUUCAUUGACUUUCCUAAGCCAUUAGUCGGAUUGAUCAAUGGGCCAGCCAUCGGAGUGUCGGUCACAACUCUUGGAUUGUAUGAUUUUAUUUAUGCAAGUGAUAAGGCCACUUUCCAUACCCCAUUCACCGUGCUAGGCCAAUCAGCCGAGGGCUGCUCAUCAAUAGUCUUUCCAAAGAUUAUGGGGCAUUUAAAGGCAGCAGACAUGUUACUCUUCAAUAAGAAACUGACAGCCCAGGAGGCCCUCGACAGAAACCUUGUGAGUGCAGUAUUCCCUGAUGCCGUCUUUAAAGAGCAAACCGCAGAAAUCAUCAAACAAAUGGCAGAGCUACCAAAGGAUAGUUUUAAACUGGGGAAAGUAUUGAUGAGAGAUGUGGAUCGGGAUGCACUUCACAAAGCCAACGAUCGAGAAUGUAUGUUACUUGUUGAAAGAUGGCAGUCAUCAGAAUGUGUUGAGGCAAUUAUGAAAUUCUUUAUGAACAAACAGAAUUGAGUAAAUUGGACUGAGAUUUUUUGAAAGUUAUCUAAAGGCAGGAAGAAUGCCUUAUACAUGCUGAUUGGAAAGUGCCCUAGAAAUUUAAUUUAUAAAUAUGCAAUUCUUACAGUAUUACACUUUGUAUACAGUACUCUCAUUGGGCAUAAUUGUACAGGCUAAUUUGUUGAUAUGAAAAAUCUUAUUUGUUUAAGCUUAAAAGCAUGUGAAAUGUGGAGGGGUUGAUUUUUGCAUGUAUGUAUGAAGGUAAACACGAUGGUGUAUAGUUAAGUUAAUAAAGACAAGAUAUUUUUAUCGAGCUGAUGUGAUUUA